UAGGCAGUGAGAGUCUAGUAGGCAGAAGUUUUAUCGUGGCCAGUAAAUGUAUUUUUUUUAAAGCUGCAGCACCAGCAACGUGUAGAUUAAAGUAAGAAUGUGUGUGUAACUGUAUAGAUUUUUUUUUAGCAUUCAUGUUUUGAAUGGCUGCUGAAAAGAUAACCUGGAUCAACAGAGGAACAUGACAUCGUAGUUCAGUGCUUCAGGCUUAACAUGGGGACAGGAGCUUCCAUGUCUAUCUGUCAAUCGUCAUCUUCCACUGAAAUUAAACCUUUCAGAAAUAAAGUUAGACCAGCAUCCCAAAGAAUCUUCGGUGCCCCCCUUGACAGCUGUAUGCAAGACGCAACACAUGUUCCUUUGGUUGUUGAACACUUGGUAAAAUAUUUAGAAGAAUUUGGACUGAAUCAUGAAGGCCUGUUUCGCACCAGCGGUUCAGAGAAGAAAAUCAGGGCGCUGAAACAGAAGUACGAUCAAGGAGAAAAAGUGGAUCUUGUUCAGGAAGGUGACGUAGAGUCGGCUGCCGGCCUUCUGAAAAGAUUUCUGAACCAACUCCCGGUUGCUGUUUUCCCUGACAAUGUGUGUGCUGCUAUUUUGGCCUGCUUCGAAGGUAACAUAAACCACAUGGCAGAAUGUACAAGAUGUCUGAGAACUUUACUGUGUAGCCUGCCACAGGCCCAUUACCACCUUUUCCAUUACCUUGCUAUAUUUCUGGGCAAGGUGUCCUUGCGCAGUGAUGUGAACCAAAUGACACUGGAGAAUCUGGCCACUGUUUUUGGCCCCACCGUUUUUAGAAUUCCUUGCCGUUCUUUGGGUCAUGAAGAGCAAAGAUUUUGCAACUCUGUGCUCUUGCACACUCUCCGGCGCUAUGAGGAACUCUUUGCAGGUUCUCCUGAAAGCCAGUUUUUAGUGGCAGAAGAUAGCCCUCAGGAUGAAGAGUGCCAAAGAGCUCUACGUUAUUUGAAGCACUUUCCUUUUCAUGAGAAGAAGGAGAAGAAGAGAAGGUGGUGGUGGUUGGAUUUAUGCCCUGCUUUUCUCAGCCAUAAGGAGUCUCUAAGUGGCUUACAAACUCCUUGUAAGACAGGUGGGACUGACAGAGAGUUCUGAAUGAACUGAGACUUCAUGUGGAAGAGCGGGAAACAAAUCUGAUUCACUAGAUUAGAGUCUGCCACUCAUCUGGAGGAGUGGGGAAUCUACUUUAAUUUAUCCAGAAAGGGACAGGAAGACUAAUAGCAAUUAUGCUUUCUAACGAAAAUUUUGAAAAUCACACUUAAACUAGCUAAAUUUGCUUGGAUUGCAUUCCAAAUCAGGAAUAUAAGGGGACAAUUAAUAACAUUGUAUUGUCAUUAAAGUGGGUCGAAUACUGUUUUAAAUUGAUAGAGAAAUGUGAUGUUAUUUAUUUGAAUCUGAUAUAGUUUUAUUUAAAUUGAUUGUAUUAUAUCAGUGUAGAAGUGAUAGAUUUUGUAACUAAUAUAUUUUACUACUAAAUAUUAUCAGUAUUUUAAAAUAGAUAUUGGUUUUACACAGGUUACUUUUAAAGUUUUAAAGGACUGUUAUAGUUAUUUCCCAGUUCCCAAGUAACCUAUUAUAUGUGAAUAAGAUCUUCUCAGAAGACUAAUUAUUUGUCAUAUGCUAGAAUUUGUAUUGACUUAUUCUAGAUUUUAUGAAUGGUCUACGACUGCAAUAAAUAAACGUCUUUUGUUUUAC